AUGGUUGACGGACAAGCCGUUAUUGUUGCGGUGCAGGUGGUCAGAAUAGUCGCAGUCGUAGAUCCUGCUGAGGGCAAAGCGUGGGAGGAGGACGGUGGCGAAAUAUUGGAUGAGAACGGUCCAGAGGGCGCCACUAGGGCCAAAGAAACAACAGAAGUGGAGCCAACAGACUGUGUAUUGGAUGAUAGCGGCGCUGAGAAGACGUUCGAGGAUUUCAUGGCUAGGACAGACGAAGAUGAAGCCGUGCUUGACUGA